GUUUCUGCUCUUCUUUUCUCCCUUGCAGCUCUCGAAAUCCCCCCUCCAAGCCGCCAACACCAGCUUUGAAAAAUUGGUGAGAAAGCUUGGAAUUUCUCCUUCUUUCUUGUCCAAGAACCUAAUUUGGAACCCAGAAAUCUUUCCCCCUUGCUGGAAAUUCCAGAUCUACCUUGCUCUGCUUGUCUUCACCGCCGGCUGCUAUGUGGGUGGGUGAUUUCUGGGCAUUUUUCAGUAAGAACAGCCCCUAAUUUCCUUUGUUCUUGCUUGAAUUGGCUUGGGUUAACUUUGAUUGCUCUUAUUUCCUUUAAUUUUGGGUAGAUCCGUGAGUUUCUCGCCUGCACUUGCCGCCGGCUUCUCCCCUUGCCAAGUCCAGUUCUGCAACUGGAAAAUUUAUGGAAGUGAAACCGAGGACAGGGAAACCACGGGAAGUGACGAGUUAGAAGGCUAGCUAUUUCGAGAUUGAUUUAGAUUCUAGAGAUCCUGAUCUUGUAAGCUAGAGUGUAUUUGGAGAUUUAUGAUAUCAAAGAGAUUUUAAAAAUUUGAUCUUCAGAUUUUGAUGGUAUCAGAGUGUGAUAUGAUAAGUUCUGAGCAUUGUGCAUUUGUGGAACCCGUCUCACGAGUGCACGGCGUUUGUCGCGUCUCGAAAUUGGGUUUUGGGGCGUGACACUUCUUUCUCUAGAAUUAAGCCAGCUCCAGGACUACAGCCGACUCUUCUACAGUUUUUUAAAGCCUCGGGUUUCUCUCUCCUCGAACAAACCAGCCCAAAUUUGUUUUAUUUCCUCACCCAAACCCGCGACUCUCUUCUCCCAAAACUCGCCAUUCACUCUCCCAAACACCGAAAUCCCUCCAAAUCUCCAAACCCCAUCCCUUAAACACUCAAAUACCAUCAAAUCCUUGCCUACCCAACACAAAACCUCAAGCUUUUCACUCCAAUUUGUGUAGGAUCUACUCUAUUUUUGGUGUGGCUGCCGUGUUUUCUCUCUCAUGGCUUCAAGAAGGGCUGGAAGUAAAAGGAAACAAGUGGGUAGUUCUAGCACCGGUGGUCAAGCUCAAGAAGAAGGUAACAUCUCCCAAUCAAAUCUCUUUUUGGAUACCCAAGCUUCUGCAAAGUAUGAAAUUAUUAAGAAUAUAGCUGUUUUAUCUUGCAAUUGUAUAAAAUUCAGUCAAUUUCCUCAAGGAGAUAUGCGUGAUAUUGGCAUGACUUUUGGUAUUGAUUGUCUAUGAUUUUGAUGAUUAUAUUCUCUUAUUGAAAGGGAGUUUAUUGGUUGAUGAUUGUAUUCAUGACUUUGGUUGUCUAUGGUGCUAUAUUGAUGAUGAUUAUAUUCAUUACAUAUUCUUGAUGCUUUAAAGGUUGAUAGCAUGAAUUAAGGGGGAGUUUAUUGCCUAUGUUUAUAUACUUUUUGAUGAAUGACAAAAAGGGGGAGAAAGUAUGCUGAAUUCUUAUAAUUUUCUGGAAAGUCUUAAUGUCUUGAUGUCAAUUUCUUGGUGCUGAAAUUUUGAAGUUAAUAUUGAAGUAUAUAUGCUUUCAUGAUCAAAGUGUUUUGUCAUCAUCAAAAAGGGGGAGAUUGUUGUACCUAUGAUUUUGAUGAUUACAAAACACAUUUGAGUGACUAAUUGAUUUAUUUAA